AUGAGUGCGGACGCAGAGAUGGCUGCUUAUGGCAAAGCUGCCAUUUACCUCCGGAAGCCUGAGAAGGAGAGGAUCGAAGCUCAGAACAAGCCUUUUGAUGCAAAGACAGCUUGUUAUGUAACUGAUGACAAAGAGCUGUACCUCAAGGGUACUAUCAAGAGCAGAGAUGGUGCCAAAGUCAGUGUCGAAUUGCUUGACUCCAAGGAGAUUAGAACAGUUAAGGAGGAUGAUGUCAGCCCCAUGAAUCCUCCCAAGUUCGAUAAGAUUGAGGACAUGGCCAUGAUGACCCACCUCAAUGAAGCCUCUGUGCUGUAUAACCUCAAAGAGCGUUAUGCAGCCUGGAUGAUCUACACCUACUCUGGGCUGUUCUGUGCUACUGUAAACCCCUACAAGUGGCUCCCAGUGUACAAUGCGGAAGUAGUGGCUGCCUACAGAGGCAAAAAGCGUAUGGAAGCUCCACCCCACAUCUUCUCUGUGUCUGAUAAUGCCUAUCAGUUCAUGCUUACUGAUAGGGAGAACCAGUCUGUCCUGAUUACCGGAGAAUCUGGUGCUGGAAAGACUGUGAACACCAAGCGUGUCAUCCAAUACUUUGCAACCGUUGCUAUGCAGAGCGACAAGAAGAAAGAUCAAGCUCCUGGCAAAAUGCAGGGAUCUCUUGAGGACCAGAUCAUUGCUGCAAAUCCACUGCUUGAGGCUUAUGGUAAUGCCAAGACUGUGAGAAAUGACAACUCCUCUCGCUUUGGUAAAUUCAUCAGAAUUCACUUUGGCACAAGUGGGAAACUGGCUAGUGCUGACAUUGAAACCUAUCUGCUGGAGAAAUCCAGAGUAACAUUCCAGCUUCCUGAUGAGAGAGGCUACCACAUCUUCUACCAGAUGAUGACCAAUGAAAAACCUGAGCUGAUUGAAAUGACUCUUAUCAGCACCAACCCCUAUGACUUCCCCAUGUGCAGCCAAGGUCAGAUCACAGUGCCAAGUAUUAAUGACAAAGAGGAACUGAUUGCCACAGAUACCGCUAUUGACAUCCUGGGCUUCAGUCCUGAGGAGAAGAUGGGUAUCUACAAGCUGACUGGAGCUGUUCUCCAUCAUGGAAACAUGAAGUUCAAGCAAAAGCAGCGUGAGGAGCAGGCAGAGCCUGAUGGCACUGAGGAGGCUGACAAAAUCGCCUACCUUCUGGGCUUGAACUCUGCGGAUAUGCUGAAGGCCUUAUGCUAUCCCAGAGUGAAGGUUGGAAAUGAAUAUGUGACCAAGGGCCAGACUGUACCACAGGUAUACAACUCAGUGAGCGCAUUGGCCAAAUCCAUCUAUGAAAGGAUGUUCUUGUGGAUGGUCAUUCGUAUCAACCAGAUGCUGGACACAAAACAAGCCAGGCAGUUCUUCAUUGGUGUGCUGGACAUUGCUGGAUUUGAAAUUUUUGAUUUCAACAGCAUGGAGCAGCUGUGCAUCAACUUCACAAAUGAGAAACUGCAACAAUUUUUCAACCAUCACAUGUUUGUCCUGGAGCAAGAGGAGUACAAGAAGGAAGGCAUUGUUUGGGAGUUCAUUGACUUCGGCAUGGACUUGGCUGCUUGCAUUGAACUUAUUGAGAAGCCCAUGGGUAUCUUCUCCAUUCUUGAAGAAGAGUGCAUGUUCCCCAAGGCUACAGACACCAGUUUCAAGAAUAAGCUGUAUGAUCAACAUCUUGGCAAGUGCAACGCUUUCCAGAAACCCAGACCUGUCAAAGGCAAAGCAGAGGCCCACUUCUCUCUGGUACAUUAUGCUGGCACUGUGGACUACAACAUCGCUGGAUGGCUGGACAAGAACAAGGACCCACUGAAUGAGUCUGUUGUGCAGCUGUACCAGAAGUCCUCAGUCAAACUGCUGUGUAACCUCUACCCACCUGUUGCUGAGGAGACUGGUGGUGGAAAGAAGGCAGGCAAGAAGAAGGGUGGUUCCAUGCAGACUGUAUCCUCACAGUUCAGGGAGAAUCUGGGCAAGCUGAUGACUAACCUGAGGAGUACACACCCUCACUUUGUGCGUUGCCUGAUUCCCAAUGAGUCUAAGACUCCAGGUCUCAUGGAGAACUUCCUGGUUAUCCAUCAGCUGAGGUGUAAUGGUGUCCUGGAGGGUAUCAGAAUCUGCAGAAAAGGAUUCCCCAGCAGAAUCCUCUAUGGUGACUUCAAGCAAAGAUACAAGGUAUUGAAUGCCAGCGUUAUUCCUGAGGGCCAGUUUAUAGACAAUAAGAAAGCCUGUGAGAAGCUUCUGGGUUCCAUUGAUAUCGAUCAUGACCAGUACAGAUUUGGACACACCAAGGUGUUCUUCAAAGCUGGUCUUCUGGGUACCCUUGAAGAGAUGAGAGAUGAGAAACUGGCUACUUUGGUCACAAUGACACAGGCUCUUUGCCGUGGUUUUCUCAUGAGAAGGGAGUUUGUGAAGAUGAUGGAGAGAAGGGAGGCCAUUGAAACCAUCCAAUAUAACAUCCGCUCAUUCAUGAAUGUGAAACACUGGCCGUGGAUGAAAGUGUACUACAAGAUCAAACCCCUUUUGAAGAGUGCUGAGGCAGAGAAGGAGCUGGCCACCAUGAAGGAGGACUUCACUAAAUGCAAGGAGGCUUUGGCCAAGGCUGAAGCCAAAAAGAAGGAAAUUGAGGAGAAGAUGGUGGCACUGCUGCAAGAAAAGAAUGACCUGCAGCUUCAAGUGGCAUCUGAAGCUGAGAAUCUCUCAGAUGCCGAGGAGAGAUGUGAGGGUCUGAUUAAGAGCAAGAUCCAGCUUGAGGCCAAACUUAAAGAGACAAAUGAGAGGCUGGAGGAUGAGGAGGAGAUCAAUGCUGAACUGACUGCCAAGAAGAGGAAACUGGAGGAUGAGUGCUCUGAGCUGAAGAAAGACAUUGAUGACUUGGAGCUCACCUUGGCUAAAGUGGAGAAGGAGAAACAUGCUGUUGAGAACAAGGUCAAGAAUCUCACUGAGGAGAUGGCAGCUCAGGAUGAGAGCAUUGGCAAACUGACAAAGGAGAAAAAAGCCCUUCAAGAGGCACAUCAACAGACCCUGGAUGACCUCCAGGCAGAGGAAGACAAAGUCAACACUCUGACCAAAGCCAAGACCAAGCUUGAGCAGCAAGUAGAUGAUCUGGAAGGUUCUCUGGAGCAAGAGAAGAAACUCCGCAUGGAUUUAGAGAGAGCCAAGAGAAAACUUGAGGGUGAUCUGAAACUGGCUCAGGAGUCCAUUAUGGAUCUGGAGAAUGACAAGCAGCAGUCUGAUGAGAAGCUAAAGAAGAAAGACUUUGAAACGAGCCAGCUUCUCAGCAAGAUUGAGGAUGAGCAAUCUCUUGGUGCUCAGCUUCAGAAGAAGAUCAAGGAGCUUCAGGCCCGUAUUGAGGAGCUGGAGGAAGAAAUUGAGGCUGAGCGUGCAGCUCGUGCCAAGGUAGAGAAGCAGAGAGCUGAUCUCUCCAGGGAACUGGAGGAGAUCAGUGAGAGGCUAGAGGAAGCUGGCGGUGCCACUGCUGCUCAGAUUGAGAUGAACAAGAAGCGUGAGGCUGAGUUCCAGAAGCUGCGUCGUGAUCUGGAAGAGUCCACUCUGCAGCAUGAAGCCACAGCUGCUGCCCUCCGCAAGAAGCAGGCUGACAGUGUUGCUGAGCUUGGAGAGCAGAUCGACAACCUCCAGCGUGUCAAGCAGAAGCUGGAGAAGGAGAAGAGUGAAUACAAAAUGGAGAUUGAUGAUCUUUCCAGCAACAUGGAAGCCAUUGCUAAAGCUAAGGCCAAUCUUGAGAAAAUGUGCCGUACCCUUGAGGACCAACUGAGUGAAGUCAAGACCAAGAAUGAUGAGAAUGUCCGUCAGAUUAACGAUUUGAGCACACAAAAAGCGAGAUUGCAAACCGAAAAUGGUGAGUUUUCACGCCAGCUGGAAGAGAAGGAGAGUUUGGUUUCCCAGCUGACCAGAGGUAAACAAGCUUUCACUCAGCAAAUUGAGGAGCUCAAGAGACAUAUAGAGGAGGAAAUCAAGGCCAAGAAUGCCCUGGCUCAUGCAGUCCAAUCAGCCCGUCAUGACUGUGACCUGCUCCGAGAGCAGUUUGAGGAAGAGCAGGAGGCCAAGGCUGAGCUCCAGCGUGGAAUGUCCAAGGCCAAUAGUGAGGUGGCUCAGUGGAGAACUAAAUACGAGACUGAUGCCAUCCAGCGUACUGAGGAGCUUGAGGAAUCCAAGAAGAAGUUGGCACAGCGCCUACAAGACGCUGAGGAACAGAUUGAGGCUGUGAACUCCAAGUGUGCUUCCUUGGAGAAGACCAAACAGAGGCUCCAGGGUGAGGUGGAGGACCUCAUGAUUGAUGUAGAGAGAGCCAAUGCCUUGGCAGCCAACCUUGACAAGAAGCAGAGAAACUUUGACAAGGUUUUGGCAGAGUGGAAGCAGAAAUAUGAGGAGGGUCAGGCAGAGCUGGAAGGAGCACAGAAGGAGGCUCGCAGUCUCAGCACUGAGCUAUUCAAGAUGAAGAACUCCUAUGAGGAGGCUCUCGACCAGCUGGAGACUCUAAAGAGAGAAAACAAGAAUCUGCAGCAGGAGAUCUCAGAUUUGACUGAACAGAUUGGUGAGACUGGAAAGAGUAUUCAUGAGCUGGAGAAGGCCAAGAAGGCAGUAGAAACAGAGAAGGCUGAGAUCCAGACUGCUCUGGAAGAGGCAGAGGGUACAUUGGAGCAUGAAGAGUCCAAGAUUCUGCGUGUUCAGUUGGAGCUCAACCAAGUGAAGAGUGAGAUAGACAGGAAGCUGGCAGAGAAAGAUGAGGAGAUUGAGCAGAUCAAGAGGAACAGCCAGAGGGUGACUGAGUCCAUGCAAAGCACUCUGGACUCUGAGGUCAGGAGCAGGAAUGAUGCUCUUCGCAUCAAGAAGAAGAUGGAGGGAGACCUGAAUGAGAUGGAGAUUCAGCUGAGCCAUGCCAACCGCCAAGCUGCUGAGGCCAUGAAACAGCUCAGGAAUGUCCAAGGACAGCUCAAGGAUGCCCAAAUGCACCUUGAUGAUGCUUUGAGAGGACAGGAGGACAUGAAGGAGCAGGUGGCUAUGGUGGAGCGCAGGAACAUUCUGAUGCUGGCUGAGAUUGAGGAGCUCAGAGCUGGCCUUGAACAAACAGAGAGAGGCCGCAAAGUGGCCGAGCAGGAGCUGGUGGACGCCAGUGAACGUGUCGGACUGCUGCACUCUCAGAACACAAGUUUGCUGAACACCAAGAAGAAGCUUGAGACUGACCUUGCUCAGGUUCAGAGUGAGGUUGAUGACACAGUGCAGGAAGCAAGAAAUGCAGAGGAGAAGGCCAAGAAAGCCAUCACUGAUGCUGCCAUGAUGGCAGAGGAGCUGAAGAAGGAGCAGGACACCAGUGCUCACCUGGAGAGGAUGAAGAAGAAUCUGGAGGCCACUGUCAAGGAUCUGCAGCACCGCCUGGAUGAGGCAGAAAAUUUGGCAAUGAAGGGAGGAAAGAAGCAACUUCAGAAACUGGAGUCCAGGGUGCAUGAUCUGGAGGCAGAGGUUGAGGCUGAACAGAAACGCUCCGCUGAUUCUGUUAAGGGUGUCCGCAAAUAUGAGAGGAGAGUGAAGGAGCUUAGCUAUCAGACUGAGGAGGAUAAGAAGAACAUCACCAGACUCCAGGAUCUGGUGGAUAAACUGCAGCUGAAGGUCAAGGCCUACAAGAGACAAGCAGAGGAAGCGGAGGAGCAAGCCAAUGUCCACCUGACCAAGCUCCGCAAGGUCCAGCAUGAGCUGGAGGAGUCAGAGGAGCGUGCCGACAUCGCUGAGUCCCAGGUCAACAAGCUCCGUGCCAAAAGUCGUGAUACUGGAAAGAGCAAGGAAUCAGCAGAGUAA